CGAGAUUUCUGUCAGUCCUCAUGGCUCAGGAGCUGAUGCUGGCAGCAAGAAUAGCCUCCUUUUCCGUGACUUUACAAAGUCACAGAAAUUGAGGAUUUCUGGCCCCUGGUACCAGCAUUCUGACCUGCAUGAACACCUUAGGCAGACCUGGCCGUUUGAGGCGGGCGAUUGCCCGCGCGCGCCUCCACGCUCGCCUGGGGUUAGCGAGAUAAUUGAUGCAGUGGACACAUCAAUCAGAGGCAAAGGAUUGAGGUCAUCAUUAGUCACUCCAUUUGUUAAGAUUGAUCCGGGAAGUAGGAGAGAGGCAGAGUUCAGUGUAUCAUUAAAGUCGCUACAGGAAGAAGGUCUUUUACACAGUCAACCUUGCAGAUUGAAGGGAAGGCCACAGAGGAAUGGGGCAAGGAAAUAUCUUCUAGAUCUGGGCACUUCCAUUAUGGAGAGGAUUGAGACAGACCCUGAUCUACCCAGAACCUAUUUAGUGCAAGAGAAAAAUGAUGUUAAGAUAAAUUUCCAAGUUAAUUUCAGGAACUUGGCAAAGGACAUUAUUACAGUUACAAAUGACAAACCAUACAGCUUUUGGCAGUGCAAUACCCUCAUUACUCAAGUGCCGCCUCACAAUGUGGUUGUGGAUUUUAGCUCACCGAACAUUGCUAAGCCAUUCCAUGUUGGCCACUUACGCUCCACCAUUCUUGGGAAUUUCAUAGCAAAUUUGCAUGCAGCGUUUGGCCACCAAGUGACACGUAUUAAUUACCUUGGAGAUUGGGGCACACAGUUUGGUCUGCUGAAGUAUGGCUAUGACUCCAAGAAUAUGAAAGAAAGUGAUUUAGAAGGGAAUGCCAUUGAUAAGCUCUUUGAAGUUUAUGUAUGGGCUAAUCAGAGAGCUGCAGAGGAUCCCAAUAUAUACAAUAUUGCUCGUGAGAUAUUCAGUAAAAUAGAAAAAGGGGACAGAGAGGAGCUUGAGACAUGGAAAUUGUUUAGGAGGGUAUCAAUAGAUGAUUUAAAGAAAAUAUAUUUUCGCCUAAAUGUAAACUUUGACGAAUUUCAUGGUGAAAGUAUGUACAAUGCCACUAUUUGCAAUGAAGUGUUGCAGGAAAUGGAAAGGAAAAGUUUGUUACAAUUAAUGGAUGAUGGAAGGAAGGUGUAUCAGGUAAAUGCUAAGCAAAGAGUAACUGUUGUUAAAAGUGAUGGAUCAAGUAUAUAUCUAACAAGAGACGUGGCUGGAGCAGUGGAUAGAUACAAAAGAUAUAAAUUUACAAAGAUGUAUUAUGUUGUUGAUAACUCUCAGACUGAUCAUUUUCACGCACUGUUUGACAUUCUAAAGAACUUAGGAAAGGAAUGGGCAAAAUCUUUGGAACAUGUCAAAUUUGGUCGCAUUUUAGGGAUGAGCACACGCAAAGGAAAUGCUGUGUUUCUUCGAGAUCUUCUCAAUGAAGCUCAAGGCAUUAUGAAAAAAAAUCAACUAAAUACAAGUACUACUAGAGAAAAUGAAUUGUGUAGCAGUCAUACAGCUGACAUAGUAGCAGUUUCAGCUGUAUUUAUUGGAGAUAUGAAACAACGUAGACAGAAGGAUUAUGUCUUCUCAUGGAACAAAGCACUUCAGAACCAAGGUGAUACAGGUGUAAAAUUGCAGUAUGUACACUGUCGACUGGUAAGUUUGGAAGAAAAUUGUGGAGUGCAGUACACAAACAAUGUUGAUAUCAGCUGCCUUUCAGAAGCAGAAGCACAAAAUAUUAUCAGAGAAAUAGCAAGAUAUUUGUAUUAUAGAUUCGACGAAAUUCUGAUGGAUUCAUAUAAGGAAAUGGAGCCAUGUAUUCUUGUCAACUAUUUAUUCAAACUAUGUGGCACCAUCAACAGAGCACUAAAGACCUUGAAAGUGAAAUCUUCACCAAAGGAAGUAGCGGAAGCAAGACUUGCUCUGUUCACAGCAGCAAGACACACACUUGCUGCUGGAAUGAAUAUCCUAGGCCUUAGGCCUUUAAGAAAAAUGUGAUAAUUUUAUCAGUAUUUAUACAAUUCAAAUGUGAAAUACAAAUUUAUGCGCCUUUACAUUUAAUCCAGCAGUACCAUAUGCAAUUUGGAAUAAGUGCUUUUCUCUGUAAAAUAAUUAAACAAAUGUAUAUAUAAGUUUGUAUAUAUAAUGCAAAAUAAGUGUUUCCCUUGGUAUAGUGUAAUUUCCAUAAACAACAGAUUUUUUGUGAAUUAUGAAACCAAUUGAGAAGAGGGACAGCAGUGCAUUGAACAUUAUAAUUAAUUAAUAUCAUGUCGCAGUUAUCAUUAUUUGUAUUGAUUUUAUACUUAUCAUCACUGUUAGUAGUAACAUUAUUUAUCAUUACCAAGGUUAUUUUUAUAGUUGCCACAGCUUUAAUGUUUAUUAUUGUUAUUAUUAUUACAAUACUUUAAUAAAGAUAGUUACGAUUUUAAUAUUAGCACCCAUUAUGAUAAUCGGCGUCCUAACUGUGUAUACAAAACUUGUAAAACUUGCCCCUAGGAAGGGCACUGCCACGCAUAUUUGAUGACGUGGUUGCAAGAGAAGGGGAGGUGAGGAGAGGGGAUAAUCUAAUAUACAAAUAUAUAAAUAUAUAUAUAUAUAUAUA